UUAUAAAUAAUAUUUGAAAAUAUUAUAGAUAGUGAAUUUAAUAAAAUGAGUUAUAAUUCACACAUUACGGAAGAAUGUCCUUUAACAAGGGAAAAAAGUUACAAAUAUAGAUUAUGUGUUUACUGUGGCAAUGGACUAAAUUUUAUCAUUGUCUGUUUUGUUGCGUUGACUUUUGCUAUCACUACUAUGUUGGUGCUGCAGAUUCUUUAUACUGAAAAUAUACCACAGAAUAGCCUUCAUGGCAUACAUGGAGCAGUUGCUACAGAUUAUUCAAAUUGUUCUCAAAUUGGUACUAGAAUAUUAAGGAAAUUAGGCAAUGCAGUGGAUGCUGCAAUAGCUGCAACCAUUUGCAUGACUGUAGUAGCACCUCAUAAAACUGGUCUUGGCGGAGGUGGUUACAUAAUGAUAUAUAAUUCUAAAAGUGACAUUCAUCCAGUUGUUAUUGAUUUUGCAAAUAAUGCUGAUAAAGGUUUCUUUGCUAAAGCUGGAAUUCGUUUGCCAGCUCUACUAAAAGGAUUAGAAUUUGCUCAUAUAAUAUAUGGCAACCUGCCAUGGCAUGAUAUAGUAGAACCCUCUGCUAAGUUGGCUCGAGAGGGUUUUGUUGUAUCUAAGGAUCUUGUGGAUGAAGUAUCAAGAAAUACAGAUUAUGGAACACAUUAUAAUGGUCCUUUGAAUCCAGGUGAUAUAUUACAAUUGCAUGAGCUUGCAAAUACAUUAGAUAUGGUGGCAGAAUACGGUGUAAAAGUAUUCUACAAUGGUAAUUUGUCGAAUAAAAUUCUGCACAGUAGUAGUAAUUUACAUGAAGAUUCUUUGCAAGAAUUAGCAAGUUACAUGCCCACUUUAACAAUUGCACAAAGCUCAACAUUACAUCAUCAUACAAUUUAUUACCCACCGCGUAUGUCUCUUAUGCAAACAGUAAUUGAGACAUUGGAGAGCCUUCCAAUUUUAAUGGGAAACGCGUCCACAAUAGAAUCGCUAACUCUUGUCGCAGAAACAUUGAUGCACAUAUAUUCGUCUUCUCAUGUGCAACAUGGGGAAAGAGGAGCAUUUACUGGAGUUAUGGCAAUGGAUUGGCAAGAAACAUAUGUUUGCAUUUUAUCUGGUUUAAGUUCACCUUUGGGACCUGGAAAUAUGACGGACGCUGGAUUUUUGUUAGAUAAUGUCGACGAUAAUGACUUAUUUACAUUUAUCCCUAUUAUUUUCCAUUAUGAAAAGGGAAUAUGUGGAUUACGUGGAGUAUUUGGUUCGGACGAUGUUUUUCUUAAUGGGCAAAUCCUUUAUAAUCUUAUCGUUCGUGCUCUUAACGUUUCCGCCGCAAUAGAAUAUCCCAGAUAUUAUUUUGCUCCUGAUGGUAUAAUGAUAGAAAAUAAUCAAAGACAUUCGAUAGACACUGCAUUGCAGGCUCGAUUAUAUCCCAUGAUAUUAUCAUUACCUAUCUUUGAUGAUAAUUUACUUAUAAAAAGUAUAAAUGCAAUUAUUAAGAAGAAAGAUUCGUUAUCGAGUCAUUCUGAUAGUCGUGGAAACGGAAUAGCAUCCCGAUUUUAAAUAUACUCCUUGUUAUAAGAAUACAUAUCAAAAAUCUUAAGAAUCUUAAAGAUCGCAUAACACUGUGAUAUUAGAAAAUAUAAUUUUAGACUUAGAUGUUAUCACAAAUAUUCGUGGGCACACGCAAUAAAGGUGAUCGAUUGUUUAAGUUAUAUCAUUAUAUAAGUGAAAUGAAAGGUAUAGAUAUUUUGUAAAUAUUAAAACAUUAAUUCUCUAUUACAAUACUGUUUUACAUGAAUAAGUGUAAAUACAUAUAUUUAUACACUGUUGCAAAACUAAAAUGAACUUUUGCAUCAGUUUGAAUUUAACAUACAUACUUACUUAUAAAAAGUGCUUUCUACAUUAUACUUCGUAUUUUUAAAAA